CCGCUGCCUGGUGACCAGCGACCAAUAGGAUCCUUUGAUGUGAGGCGAGCGCGGAUAGAUUUGUUGUUGUGUUAUCUGUGUUAAAUGCGGUCUGUUAGCGGCGAUUUAACGUCUUGUUUUAGCGUUUAAACAUUUUAAAAUCCACCCAACAUGAGUCUGUCUCUAAGAACUGAACUCACAGCCGACAAAACCAAGCGCAAGAAGAGGCGAGAGCUCACCGAGGACCAGAAGCACGAAAUCAAAGAAGCGUUCGAGUUGUUUGACACCGACAAAGAUAAAGAGAUCGACUACCACGAGCUGAAGGUGGCGAUGCGUGCGCUCGGCUUCGAGGUGAAGAAAGUGGAUGUUUUGAAGAUUCUUAAAGACUACGACCGAGAGGGAAACGGAAAAAUAACCUUUGAUGAUUUCAAUGAAGUCGUAACGGAUCGCAUCCUGGAGCGAGACCCGAAGGAGGAGAUCAUGAAGGCCUUCAAGCUGUUUGAUGAUGACGAGUCGGGGAAGAUCAGCCUGAGGAACCUGAGGCGAGUCGCCCGAGAACUCGGGGAGAACGUCAGCGACGAGGAGCUGCGCAGCAUGAUCGACGAGUUCGACACCGACGGAGACGGUGAAAUAAACCAGGAGGACUUCCUCUCCAUCAUGACCGGAGACUCGUGAUGAGGAGUCCUGUCCAACGCUGAGGACGCGCGGGUCGUCCGUACCGUGAGACGCUGAGUGACCGAACACCUGUCCUGCAGGUGUGUCCAUGAAGGUAAACACAUCUGGCGGCUUCCUCUUGAGCGUCGGGCGGCGGACUGGAAUCACUCGUCUUUGGGUUUGUCCUCGAUUUGACGUCUCUGC